UAUAUGGACUGACAUUGAUGAGAGGGUCAUUGCAGUCUCCUUUACACAUGUGCACCAAGAAACCUAAGCAGUUCUUUAACAAGGGGGCCUGGAGCGCGGAUGAAGACCAGAUCCUAACUGACUAUGUCAGAGCUCAUGGGGGAGGGAGGUGGGGGAAGGUUCCCAAAACAACAGGCCUGAAUCGAUGUCCGAGGAGCUGCCGGCUUCGCUGGCUGAAUUAUCUGCGGCCGGACAUCAAGAGGGGAAACAUAUCCAACGAAGAGGAGGAUCUCAUCGUCAGGCUCCAUAAUCUUUUGGGAAACAGGUGGUCUCUGAUAGCUGGAAGAUUACCUGGUCGAACAGAUAAUGAGAUCAAGAAUUACUGGAACACAGUGCUAAAGAAGAAGCUAAAGGUUCAGUCAGUUGGAUCCACGCAAUUAAUAAAUCGCAAGUGCACGAGUAAAAGAGGGAUCAGAGAAUCGACUGCGUGUAACGAGCAUGAGAAUGGAACUGAAGCAAAGCUCAGUGGAGAUCGACGGAUACUUGACGCUUCUUUCUUGCCACUCGAUGAGAGUGAUAUAUUUGACCAAACGAUGGGUUCCGAUAUCGAGCAGCUCUGCUCGAAAUGGGUUCCAGACAUGGAUGACUUGGAAAAAUACCAAAGAUUUUGGGAAGGUGCUUAUUCUCCUGUGCCUUUUGAUGAUAGUUUGCUAUUUACCAAAGAAAUAUUAGACAAUUGGCUGGAAGAUAGCACCGUGCAUGCGACCGUAGGUUCUUCCUCCCUGAGACAGAUUACUGAGCCAUGCAUCGUCUCACAAGGCUUGAUCCUCAACAAUCAAGUGAUGCGUUUGCCAGAUGUCUGAGUUGCACGUACGCCCAUGGAGUAAAAUUAUGAGCGUUGAUGUGCAUCUGGCAUGUCUCUAUGCAAAGUUGUUGUACAGCCUCUACAUCAAUCAAUAACUAGAUGGUGCGAUCUUAGAUCUUAAAGUCCGAAAAAUCUGUAUGUACUUUCUGCGUGCAAUAUGAUUAUUAGGAAACUCUACUACUACUUAUGACAGUGAUAUUUUGAGUUUUUCUCUUUCGUUGAUGUUUUUGUCUAAA